AUGAGCGCGGCUAACGCCAAGUCACAUAUAUCGAAGAAUCGUCGACAACGUGAUCGAGGAUCCCAACCUCCACCUUCGCCAAUACGCCAUAGCCAGAACCAACCACAGCGACAACGACCAAACCCAAAGCCCAAGAAGCGAAAAUCAACCCAUGCCACCUCCAAAGCCGAAGGCGAGAAUAAAAAGGCAUAUAACGAUUGGUUCGCGAUUCGAGGUAUCAUCGACGAGAAGGUCGAGCACGGCAAGAUCUAUUACUUGGUAGAUUGGGAAGGCACCGAUAACAACGGUCAACCACAUAUACCAUCCUGGGAACCGGAAGAGAACGUGUCAAUUGUCGCGAUAAGUGCCUGGAAAGAAAGUAGGACUGGAGCCAAACACGAACAGCAUACAUCUGAUGUAGCUGUUAGUAACGCCGGCUCUCCUACGCAAACAUCUGAUACGGCGGAGAGGGAACCAUCCCAAGUUCCCAGCCGGUCAGGUCGUCAAAAUCUGGUUAGGGAGAGAUCUGUGCUAAAACAGGAAACUACGCAUAAUCGCCAGUCAACUGAGGCCAAGCCAGGCCCUUCCACAGUCGCAGAUCACCGGGCGGAAGCUCAGGUCUCAUUAGAGGUAUCAAGUGGACAAAACAAGACCGACCUAGGCAGGGACUCUCCACAACGCAUUCAAGACCAUCGGAAAGCUCAGAACGUGGUAAAAAUAGUUCGGGAGUCCUUGCUUGAUCCCGAUCAAUACCGCACAUUGUCGUCCUCACAAGGAACGGGCGGCCAGCUGCAAGGCCACAAACCAGAAACUAAGAGAGACGUGAAUCAAGUUAUUCCAGAUUCUCAAGCUUUCUCUGGCAUAUCAAUCACUGAGACGCAAAAUAGUAUUCUUAAUCCCCUGGAUUCAUUUGGAACAAGUCAAGCGCAAGGAGAGGCCUUCGUCUCAUCGCGGCAAAGUUCAGAACAUCGCCAACUUAAAUCACAUUCGCACUCGACAGAGAUCCCUUCACAUCAAGUUGAUCAUCGUUUUCCUGGUGGCCGGGAAAACUUAUCAGGCUCUGCUUUAGUAAAUGAGUCUAACAUAGGUUUUACUGCGUCUAAUAAUUCUCAAGGCACAACCAGUAGAGGUCAUUCGAGUUUCUUUGCACCGGGAAACUUAAGCCUCGACAGUGUUCCUUCCACAGGCCGACUAAACAAUUGCCCAUCGAUUUAUCGACGUGAACCACACUCGGAUGAACAUACCUCUGUGACGAGCGUAAGUCAGGAUCAGAUAUUUGCACAUAGUUUUAGUGCGGCAUCCCAGCAGAGCAAUUCCCAGGCUGCUCAGAUUGUGGUCCCCCUGAGUAGUCAACAAGGCGGGCUCGUAACGCGCAGCCACUCUCAUUUCACCGUUUACGACGACGACUCAGUCAUAUCGGAUACUGUAUUGAGAAACUCUCAGGUCCAGCACGACUCCCAAGACUCUGGUCAGGCCUUAGACAAACCGGACGACUGUUCUAGGAAUACGUCAUCUUUCAAAGACCACCAAUCUGGAUCACAAUCUGUAUCAAGUCACAUAGAGCUGCCACGGAGCAAUCCAAACACGCCGACUAAUAACACUGGAGGGGAGGAAUCGUCAAUUAAGCAACCUAGUGCUGUGAACCGGGGACAUUCUAACAACUCAUAUCGUACGCCACGGCAACAAGCCGUACCUACCAACAUGGAUAGCGCUGAGACCCCUGGUACGCAAAUGUCGGCUCGUGAGAGAUUGAGACUGAUAAGAGAGAAAAACUUUGCUUCCCUACAAAAACCUACCACUCUCACAACGACUUCAGAAGAUCCGAUUCAAGUUGAGCCUAAAAUCGAUACUCUGGCAGUACCUCAAUCAGCCAUUCCCGGUCCUCAGGCAAUUGAAGUCCCCUCGAGGCCUGACAUCAGCCCCCUCACUCCCCCGCCAUUGGUUGGAUCUCCUGCUUUCCUAACUCAGCCACCAGAAGUAGCACAAAGCGAGCUAUCUUCAGAUAUGCAGCAAACAUCAGCAUCCGGAACCUCGCAGGCGCCCGCUGAGUCGGAAAAGCAAGGCGAGCUGGGAUUAGAAGAGGCCGGCCCUACCGAAGUUGGUUUCAAUACUAACGAGGAGCAACCUGGAACUCUAGAUCCGUCUAAUUUGACACUUUCUAUCGAGAAUGACAUGGAGAUUAACCCUUUAUUAGCGACAGACUAUCCCUCCUAUCCUGCAUUCGGCAUAGAGGAAGAAGAGGAAACACCACCGGCCAACUAUCCGAAGAACCUUCACCCGUACGUUCCUACCGGUCACAACGAGUUCCUCGUCACGCUUCCAUUCUACAGCAAUUGUCGUCCCGUGUACAACGACGUUCUCCGUGAGAACGAGGGCUUGAUUCGCGAAUACAAUGCCUCUUUUCUGGUAUUGCCGCACUUGAAGCCUCAUCCCGCGGUAGUAUCAAAGGUUGAUGAAAUGUUCUCGCGUCUUUUCGAUGUUUGUGACUUGCCGCCCUUCAUGGAGACUAUUCCGUCUAUGGCGCCCGAUGAGGUGGCUAAACACGUCGUUGGAACAAAUGCAAAGUUUGCCUUUAUUGACGAACUUCUUACUUGCCUAGCCGAUGUGAAGUCGGAUAAGAAGAUUCUCAUCUUAUCCCGUCCGGGAAAGGUGAUGGAUCUUCUUGAUCAGGUUGUGAAAACGAGAGGCUACCGCUACAUCCGAUCUGGCGUAGAAAUCGUCGGUCCUUCAACUGCUCAGCAUUCUCUGACAGUUGCUAUUUCGUCAACGCUCGACAAGUCAUCGUCUAUUCUCGAGGAUGUCGACGCUGUCAUAGCAUUUGACCACACGUAUCGGCCAGAACUACUCCCAUCGCGUAUUCGAGAACGUUCUCCUAUUUUAAUGGUCCUGACAAACGCGUGCUCCAUACAACACCUUAACAUGCGUAUAUCAGAGGGGAUAGAGCCCUUGGAACGGAAAAAUGUUCUUGUACUCGCGUUAGUUAAGGCAAUGCGAUACAUAGAAGACGUCGGCAGCUCUCAGAUCACCCAGCUACACAGCGCGGCCGAACUUUUCUCAGAUUAUAUCCAGGAUCAGGACAAUGAUGACUUUUAUUGGGAUCCUUUGGAAGUUCCCGAGAAUGUGUUCGAGGAUUUGCACGCAAGCUCUCAAGUCCAAGGAUCAAUUCCACAACCUGAACUGCAGGGCCUUGAGACCGACCAGGCCUCCGGUAGCCGCAAAAGAUCCCACGAUGCCGACGAAGAUGAUGAGACCUCUUCUAAGCGUCCUAGAGUAUCUCAACCUACGGUGGUUACUAAUGUAAGUCAUAUUAGCGACUCGCUAAAAGGCCUCCUGAGAGACGACGCGGUCCACGACUCUCCGAAAGCAAUGCUCUCGGUAUCAGUUGGCAAGUUGGAGGCACUAUCAACCAAAAUCGCGACACUUAAGGUCGAACUAAAGGAGAGCAAACAGCGAGAGCAGCAGUUUCGUCAGCUUAGCGAUCAAUCUAAAAAGGAGGUCGAUGGGUACACUUCAACAAUCAACACUAUACAAUCUAAUUACAUGAACGCCCUAAAGGACCGGGGUACUUUCGAGGACGACUACCGCAAAGCCAAGGAGGAAACGAGGGCAGUCAAUGCUGGUCUCGAAUCUAGCAGGAAAGAAGCCGCCGAGCUGAAGGAGAAAAAUACAGAGCUUCAGAAGCAGCUGGCCUCAGCGAACGAAUCGCUGCUCAACUCCACGAAUCCCGAGCUUGCUAAGAUGGCACGGCUGGAGAAAAGCCUCGAAGAAGCGAAAGCCGAGAUUCAGAAGAUCGAAAAGAGGGCCACGAUGGCCAAGAACGACAUGGAAUACGCGAAGACGGCGUACCAGAACGCGUCCCAAAGAGCCGGGGAGCUAGGGGCGGAGAACCGAGCGCUGGAGGCGCAGAUCGAGCUCCUCCGCCGCAAGGCGGACGAGAACAUCGUCAAGGUCAACCAGAUCAACAACGCGCGGCAGGUGGAGGAGCUGCUGCGGCUGCUCAACGAGCAGAAGGCGAUGGUGCACGACCGCGACGCGGAGCUGGCGAGGGCGAAGGAGGAGCUGCGGCAGCUGAAGGAGAACAGGCGCGGCACGCGCCAGAAUAGCGUCCCGCGUAGUCCGCGGCUCAGCGCGUUCAAUAGCCCGCGCAACGGCGGCGGCAGGGUCAAGGGCGGCUCUAGUAGUAGGGGGACCAGCCCGGCGCCGCCGCCGACGGGCGUGUUCGAGGCGGGCGUCGGGACGCCGGUUGCGGGGAGGGCUUCGCAUUUGAGGGAGACGCGGUUUUAG